UUUUAGCUAAUACACGUGAAAACCGAAAAACCUGUCGACAUAACUACACGUGAACCAUCUUCAGCUGCAUUCACACCACGGCACCACCACAAAAUUUUUAGAAAAGUUCACAAUCCUUCAUGCAUAAUGUGAUACAACAGUAACACAAUAUAUAUACCAUUAUACAACCGCUCUCUCUUUCUCUGGCUGUUUUAUCUUUUGUUUUAACUUCUCUCUCAUUUUUCGAUGCUUUCUUCAAUGGCGAAUACUCAUUUUCUCAUUUUGACAGUUCUAUUGUGUCUUCUUUCGGUACAGUUCUGUAAAGUUUCAUCAGGGGCUUUGGCUAUUUGGAAGAAUCACCAGAAGCACCCCUACCAUAGACGCCCAAUGCUUUCAUCUAAUCAAAGUUCAUGCUCAUUGUUUACGGGCACCUGGGUUCGUGACGAAACUUAUCCACUGUACCAAUCUUCAUGUCAAAUCAUAGACCCAGAGUUCAAUUGCCAAAUGUACGGCAGACCCGACACUGAUUACCUCAAGUACCGAUGGCAACCAACCAAUUGCAAAAUCCCGAGAUUUAACGGCCUUGAUUUUGCGAUAAAAAUGAGAGGGAAAACUGUGAUGUUCGUGGGUGAUUCACUUGGGAUUAAUCAGUGGCAGUCGUUGAUUUGCAUGAUAUCAGCUGGGAUUCCUGCUGGUUCACCGACACAAACUAUCAGAGGAGAUCCUCUCUCUACAGUCAAGUUCCUGGAGUAUGGUGUCACGGUGUCGUUUUACCGAGCUCCAUACCUUGUAGAUAUUGAUAUUAUACAAGGUAAACGAGUGCUCAAAUUAGAAGACAUGAGAGAGAAUGCUAAAGCUUGGAGAGGUGUAGACGUGUUGUCGUUUAACACGGGUCAUUGGUGGAGUCACAAGGGAUCUCUUCAAGGGUGGGAUUAUAUGGAAUCAGAAGGGAGAUUUUACCAAGAUAUGGAUAGAUUGGUUGCCUUAGAGAAAGGGCUAAGAACUUGGGGAAGAUGGGUUGAUAGCAACAUUGAUACCAGAGUGACAAAAGUUUUCUUUCAGUGUAUUUCUCCCACACAUUACAACCCGAGUGAAUGGAAUGGAGGGGCUACAACAACCUCAAAGAGCUGUUACGGUGAGACGACACCAAUGAGUGUCCGCGGCGGCCUUGCCUACCUAGGGGGAUAUUCAGAUCAAAUGAGGCUGUUGGAAACAGUUGUAAGAGACAUGAAGAACCCUCCCUUUCUACUUGACAUUACAUUGCUUUCAGAAAUGAGAAAAGAUGCACAUCCCUCAAUCUACAGUGGAGAUCUCACCCCAGGACAAAGGGCUAAUCCCGACCAUUCAGCUGAUUGUAGCCAUUGGUGUCUUCCUGGAUUGCCAGAUACUUGGAACCAAAUUUUCUACACCGCUUUAUUCUACUUACAUUAGUGCAUGUUUCGUACAUAGAACGUAUAGGACAAUAAAAUGGACAAUACUGUCUAACACUUCUUACUAAAAUGUCAUUAAUGUAGUAGUGUUCUUACCCCAGCCUCCCACCCCAUUAAACCUAUUCUACAUUUAUAGUUGUGUUGCUAUAUAUAUAGGUAUUGUUCUUAGUCCAUUCAAGAAGAGGAUGCAACUUCCCUCUUCACUAUAUACAGUGUUAGAGAUUACAACUGGUGAUUUAUUUGGUUUGAAACCUUCAGAGGAUGUAAUGUAAAAAAUGCAGUUAUAUGUAAUUUUUUUCUGAACUAUCUCUGUUUGGCAAAGCUUAAAGAA